CACUAUAUAUAGAUAUAUCUAGUGUACAUGCGUAUGGCAGUUGAGCUACCAUCCAACGUCGUUUCACCUGUUUACACGUCUUUGCAGGCACGUCAGUGAGAUACAGCACGCAUGAUCCUCGUUGCGAUGUGCGCGUGUUAAUACGAGUUCAGUGUUUUCACUGAAAUCGCGUCGAGCCUCCGAGGUUAGGAUCGGCUGCUUUGUUGACUUUCGGGUCUUCUCUUUUCAAAUGAAAAAUCUCUCUGUUAUGAUUGCGAGAGUUGAGUAUUCAUGCGUUUACACGUGCUACAAGUGCUAUCGUGACACAAGAACUGCUCUUUCAUGAAAGUGUCUGCUGUCGUGUCCUGUGAAUCAAAAUAUCAUUAGACGAUUUUAUCAUCGGUGCUUGCACUCCACCGAGGCGAAUGAUUUUGAACUUAACGAUUAGCAACUGAGUUUUUUUAGAGAAUUAGCAACAAAAACUCUUUUAAACCAUGGCAGUUUACGAAGCUGGAGAAAAUUCUAGUUGGAGACUAAAUAUAAUAACGCAAUUACGUGAUAGGAACAAAACCCAAACACACUGUUAUUUAGAUCUUAUCUCCCUACACAAUCGACUUUUUGACAAUGCCAACACAUUGCGAGGAGAGAACUUACAACUGUCCAUUGCCAAUGAAAAAUUGCGUACUGAAGCUGCCAGUGGUGUUACUGGUACUGGUAGUAAUGCAGCACUUGAGGCAAAACUAUUGGCGCAAGCUGAUGAGCUCACUAUGUUGCAUAGGAGAAGAGGUGAACAUACUCAACAAAUUGUUGACUUAAAUAAUAAAUUACAAGAAGCCAUGAAAGAACUUCAGCUUAAAGAAUCAAGUUUGGCUGAUAAAGUUGAUAUUAAUAAUGUUCUACGAGCAGAGCUAACAAGAUAUGCAGCUAGAGAAAAGGAAUUAGAAAACAUCAAUCAAAUGCUCAAAGAUGAGCACCAGGCUUUGCAACUAGCCUUUGCCUCUUUGGAAGAAAAACUAAGAAAAGCACAAGAGGAAAACCGCCAACUAGUAGACAGGUUGAUUAAGUACAAGUCAAAAGAUGCAGAGAAAAUGAACGAAGAAAAUGAUAACUUUUUAAAAAAAAGACAAGCAAAAAUGCAAAAAGAAUUAGAAGAUGCAGCUCGAGAUACUAGAACUGCCAGUCCAGAUAGAGGUGGUACUUUAGAAGGAACAGCGCCUGUUAUUCCGUCAUCGUUGCCAACGAAAAUUGCCAUGAAGUUUAAUGCUCACGAGGGUGAGGUAAAUGCCGUCAGAUGGUCGCCAACGGACAGGAUACUGGCUACAGGUGGAGCUGAUCGCAAGGUCAAGUUGUGGGACAUCGCCAAAGGAAGUUACGAAUGCAAAGGAAUGCUGAUGGGCAGCAAUGCCGGAGUCAUGUCCGUCGAUUUUGAUAGCGGUGGCAAUUACGUUCUCGGAGCCUCAAACGACUUUGCGAGUCGCGUCUGGACCGUCGCGGAUCUUCGAUUAAGGCACACUCUCACGGGCCACAGCAACAAAGUGAUGGCAGCCAAGUUUCUCGGCGAUGCGACCAAGGUGGUCACCGGCAGUUACGACCGCACCCUCAAGAUCUGGGAUCUGCGAAGCAAGGCUUGCAUCGAGACGAAAUUCGCUGGCUCGAGUUGUAACGACCUCGUCACGUCCGAUGGCUCCGGUUCGACGAUAAUCAGUGGACACUUCGACAAGACAAUACGAUUCUGGGACACGAGAACCGAGACCGGUUCCAACCUCCAGCUUCAAGGGAAAAUCACGUCACUUGAUUUGUCGAGAGAUGCCAACUUUUUGCUGAGCUGUGUGAGAGACGAUACGCUAAAGCUGAUAGACCUGCGAAUGAAAAUGAUCGUAUCAUCGUUCAGCGCUGAUGGUUUCAAAGUUGUCUGCGAUUGGAGCCGAGCCUGCUUCAGCCCGGAUGGUCAAUACGUCGCUGUUGGCUCGUCCGACGGUUCGAUCUUUGUCUGGUCGGUCAACACGAAUAAAAUCGAAACAAUUCUCAAGGAUCACACGACUCCAGUAACGGCAGUCUCGUGGUACCCGCACGGCGCUUUCGUGGCCUCAGUGAACAAAGCCAAGUGGGCGACGAUUUGGGGCGACGUCUGACAAGAGCUGAACCCUUCCUCCUACAGCGAGGAAUGAAGAUCCCGCCAGCUCUCUCCAGGGACAUGACGACGUUGGAGAAGCAGGCCUGAUUUUUCACGGGCAACGCCUCGUCAACAAUAACGACAACAACAACAACCACAACAAUGACAACGACACUGUUUCAGUCCGGCCAUAUAGCACGACGACACCGACGACGAAGACGUCGGCACUCGUCAUUCAGGUUUUUCUUUACACUUUGCUCGGCCCAUAAUGGAUCGUGCGGCGUGGACCAACACCUAUACAACCUUCUUUUUUUACUAUCUCUUCUUUUUAUCUGUCGCGCGCAUAAGAGUCGUCUAUGCGUGUACGUGUUUUCGUUGCUUGCACAUAAUUCACCGAAUGGAAUGAACUUCUGUACACGGGCAAAAUGCACUGCGAGACCAUCAUUGUAACGCGAGUUUAACUGUAGGGUUGAAGAAAGUUUUUUUUCUGAACAAAAAUCUGCAAAAUAAUCAACACGCGUAGAGAGCCGCUCGCGAAGCGAGUUUGCGUUAUUACGCGCGUCAACUAAGGAUACUCAACUAUUAUGUGUGCAUUGUAUGUGUGCGUUUGUGUGUGUGAAAGAGAGAGAGAGAGAGUUAAUGCAUAGAGAUGUAUAUUGUAUGGAUGUGUAAGUGUGCUCUCGUUGCCCCAGCAACUCCGCAUUUUACAUGCACGCAUCUGCGUGCCGUUCUUUCCCCCUACCUUAUCUUUUUUUAUAGUAUUACCUUGUAUCAUUAUCAUGUACACGUUGUACUAUAAAUUUUGACGUUCCGCUUGCCUUUACCUAUUUUUUCCCCGCACGCUCGCCGUUCCUCGAUGUACCUGACAUAUAGAGAGAUUGCAAAGAAGAAAAGCGUCUUUGUUGCACGCAAAUUGACCUUUUUUCCUUGCUCAGUUAAACUUUUAUUAAUAAUGAUAAUUAUUAUGGGCUUCAUGUCUUUUUUAAUUGAAUUUGCACGACUGCGAGAGUGAGAGAGGGAGAAAAAGAACCGAGGCGCACACACGAAGGUAAUUUUAAUUAUAUACGUUACGUUGCUUUUCGGUGAGCUUCGUUUAUACAAUACCAAUGCGUGCACACGUAUGAAUGUGAGUGUGUGGCUAUGUAUGUAUGAUGUAUGUUGAAUAAAAAAGAAAAAAGCUGCUCUUAAUGGAAAAUGUAAGUACAGCGUGUAUACCGCGCGCUAAGGGAUAUCAGUGUGAAAUCUUGAUUCUACGUACGAGAGAGAGAGAGAGACGAUUAACGUUAAUACGACGUAAAUUUAAUUGAUACGUGAGAUAGUAAUAAAUAUAAUGUAAUUAUAAGAGGAUUAUUAUUUCGUGAGUAAGAUCGAAAAGA